AUGCAAAGAAAUGCUGCCGUUAAUAUCGUUCUGAGAGACCCAGUUCCCACAGAACUCAAGCAAAUUCAAGAAACUUUACCCGAUAGCACAACUCAAAGGACGAUACCAGCAAUCCUUAUCAUCGUUUUCGGGAAGAAACGCACUGGGCUACCAACUACGUUCUCGUUGGAAUUUUUGAAGGAAUGUAAAAAAAGUUUGACCGUUUUCGCCCGUGUCAACCAGAGAGACGUGAAUACACUUCACCGUAAAGACGAUGCGGGUGUUCUCCACCGUCUCUCUGAUAAAACCACGGAUGAAAGGGUGAGAAAGAUGAAAUUGGGCGUAAUCGGUAGGUAUUUGUACGCAGAUCAACCAAAUGUAUCACAUACGCUUACGUAA